CCGGUGAGGAAAAAAAAUCUGAGCUUUCUAAUUCUUCCGACCAUGUCUGGUUCCCUGAAGAAGUGCCGACGAAGCUACCGCCGCCUAAACUUGGCUUCGCGGUCUGAUCCUUUACAAGAAGAGCAGAACACCGCCGAUCCAAAGAAGGCCGCCGGCGCUGCUGCCCAUAGCUCUAAAGGCCAUCCGGUGUUAAAUUUCUUCGGUGCAUCAAAUAAAGAGAAGGCGGCGGCCAAGCCGGAGAUGAUGAGGUAUCUGGAGUACAUGAAGGAGGCCGGGACAUGGGAGCCUUCUUCUGAUAGCCCUGUCAUAUAUUUCAAAUAGUCUGCUAAUUUCGCAUAAUUAAACUGUACAAGUUUGCUAUCUUUUUUUUUUUUUUUUGUUAA